AGGGCCGGAGGCUCUAUGUGGGACCGAGCUGGCCAUGGAGAAGUUGUACUUUGCGGGGAGCAGCGCAUGGACGAUCAACAACAGCUCUCUGGGGAACGGCAGCCUCCGGCUGGAGAACCAGACCUCCGGGAGGAACAGCACCACCGACCCCCUGAAGAGGAACGAGGACAUGGCCAAGGUGGAGGUGACCGUCCUCUGCCUCAUCCUGUUCCUCGCCCUGACUGGCAACCUGUGUGUGCUGCUGGCCAUCCACACCACCCGGCAGAAGCACUCCCGCAUGUACUUCUUCAUGAAGCACUUGAGCAUCGCUGACCUGGUGGUGGCCAUCUUCCAGGUGCUGCCGCAGCUCAUCUGGGACAUCACCUUCAGGUUCUACGGGCCAGAUCUCCUUUGCCGGUUGAUCAAGUACUUGCAGGUAGUGGGGAUGUUUGCUUCCACCUACAUGCUUUUGCUGAUGUCCCUGGACCGGUGCUUGGCCAUCUGUCAGCCACUGAGGUCUCUGCACAGGAGAGCAGACCGAGUCUCUGUCCUCCUCACCUGGUUGCUGUGCCUGCUGAUCAGUAUUCCUCAGAUUCACAUAUUUUCCCUGAGGGAUGUGGGGAAUGGAGUUUAUGACUGUUGGGCAGAUUUCAUCCAGCCCUGGGGUCCUAAAGCCUAUGUCACCUGGAUAACCCUCAUGGUCUACAUCAUCCCCGUGUUGAUGCUGAGCAUCUGCUACGGCUUAAUCAGCUUCAAAAUCUGGCAGAAUGUGAAGCUUAAGACAGCCCACGGGUCCAACGCGGGUCGGGGCUCCAGCUCCCGCAGCGGGAUGGCGUUUGCCAGGGUCAGCAGCACCAGGCUCAUCUCCAAAGCCAAGAUCCGGACAGUCAAAAUGACCUUCAUCAUAGUCUUAGCUUUCAUAGUGUGCUGGACUCCCUUUUUCUUUGUGCAGAUGUGGUCCGUGUGGGACACGAACGCUCCGCAGGAAGCCUCCCCCUUCAUCAUUGCCAUGCUCCUGGCCAGCCUCAACAGCUGCUGCAACCCCUGGAUCUACAUGCUGUACACAGGGCACCUCUUCCACGACCUGGUGCGGCGCUUCCUCUGCUGCUCCACGCGGUACCUGAAGUCGCGGCCGACGUGCGACCUCAGCGUGGGCAAGAAGAGCAACUCCUCCUCCUUCGUCCUCAGCUGCAAGAGCACAAGCCAGAGGAGCUUCAUGCAGCCAUCCCUGACGUGAGGGCAUGGCCUGCUGGGACCUCGCUCCACCACCCUGCUGCCUCCAGCACUUCCCUGGGAAAAGCUGGGAUCCGGACAGGCACGGGGGUUCUGUAUAAAUAGGUGUAUAUAUGUCUGUGUGCCUGUCCGCAUGUGCAGCGGUCGUUAUUUAACUGAGGUGGGAGAGGGGCACGACUUUAGUGACCUGAGUUUCAGUGCUGCCUGGGACUGGGCAGCAGGGAUCUGCUUCUGAGCACCCAAACCCUUGACAUUGGUGGCUUUCAUGCCACCAGCAGGGGCAGGUUUUGGCCCAAAUGAUCCACAUGCUGCUGGGGCAGGUGUGCUGUGGCCCUGCUGGGUGCAAGGGGCUGAGCUCAGGGUGGCGGGUGCCACCUCAGGGACAGGGGCAUCAGGCACCUGGCCCCACCCCCCCCUCCAGCAGGGAUCCCUCAGGAUGCCAGCGCCCGGCAGAGCCACAGACACUGUGCUCGCAGCACGGGGUGCUUGCUCUGCUGGAAGCGCCGAGUCCCACCCCUGCUUCCCGGCCUCCCUGCAUCCCUGCAUGGUGCCAGCCCUGCCUCCCAAGGGGGCCAAGGGGAGCAGCAGAGACAGGGCUGGGGAUAAGCCUCCCCAGGGACAAGGCCAGCACUUGGGCUGCAUGAGGCUGUGCACACGGGUCAGCAGGAGCCGGGAGAGCAGACGCAACUGCAGGGGCAGAGGGUCUGUGCAAUAACAGGUUUGCUGAGCGUGCUCAGGGGCUUCUCCGAAGGCAGGAGGGUGGGAUUACAGCUGGGGUCCAUGGGUUUAAUGGAAAAACUCCAGUCCCUGGAGGCCAAGCUUUUGCUCUGGGAUUACUGCAGGUCACUUUUAGCCAAUGCCAAUGUGAUUGUCUUGCUCUGUGACACGCAAGGUCAUGCUCAUGGCAUGGAUUUUUAAUUGUCAAGAAAUACUUGUAAAUAAAGUUUUCUGACUGUGUCUCAAUGGAAAGUGGGAGGGGUGGUGCAGAAGGACCAGAAGCCUAAGAAAAUGAAGGAAACCAAAGGGAAACAGUGUUUUAAAUCCAGGACCUAAGUGUGCUCAGUGUGAUGUUUGGUUUGUAGAGCACUGCACCAAGCGCCCGAGAUCUGCCACCACCUGACUCCACAGCAUGAAGCAGCUGGGA